CUGUUCAGUGUUCAGUUCAGUAGUUCGGUGUCGGCAGAUCGGUUGAGGGUGUAACAUACUUUCCAAGUACUUGUAUUUUUUUUAUUUAAUUUACGAAAAGAUGUCUGUAUUCGUUGCUAGAAAUUUUCCCCGAGUAAGACAAGGUUUUCUCCAUUCGGGGAGUUCGAAUUCCCUCGCUGCUUUGACAACGUCGACAAAUAAUUAUGUCACAAAAAGCAGCACUCCAACAGGCAAAAAUAUUGUUUUUGUGGAUGGUGUCCGUACUCCAUUUUUGCAGUCUGGAACGCAAUAUAGUAAGCUGAUGGCUCAUGAUCUUACUCAACACGCACUUUUGAGUCUGAGAAAAAAAUUGAAUCUACCGAAAGAAGUUGUAGACUAUAUUAUUUAUGGUACGGUGCUGCAAGAAGUAAAGACUUCCAAUAUUGCAAGAGAAGCUGCCUUAGCUGCUGGAUACAGUGACCGAACUCCGGCACAUACUGUCACAAUGGCUUGUAUAAGCAGCAACGUAGCUAUGACCACUGGAAUGGGCUUGAUAGCCUCUGGAGUUUAUGACACUAUCGUGGCUGGAGGUGUUGAAUUUAUGUCUGACAUACCUAUAAGGCACAACAGGAAUAUGCGUUCUCUUAUGUUAAAAGCCAACAGAGCUAAAUCUUUGCAACAAAAAAUGGCUCUUCUUGCGAGUAUCAGACCAUCCCAUUUUAUUCCUGAUUUACCAGCGGUAGCUGAAUUCUCAACUGGUGAAACAAUGGGACACAGUGGUGACCGUUUGGCUGCUGCUUUCGGAGUAUCAAGAGUUGAACAAGACGAGUAUGCUCUUAGAUCUCACACUCUCGCUGCCCAGGCCCAUCAAAAAGGCUACUUGUCCGAUAUCGUCCCUUAUAAAGUGCCUGGAGUAAACGAGCUAGUGGAUAAGGAUAAUGGUGUUCGAGUCUCAACAACCGAACAACUAGCGAAAUUGAAACCAGCCUUCGUGAAGCCUUAUGGAACAGUGACAGCAGCCAAUGCAUCCUUCCUGACAGACGGUGCAUCUGCAGCUCUGAUUACGACUGAAGAAAAAGCAAAACAACUAGGCCUCAAGCCUAAAGCGUAUCUGAGACAAUUCACAUACGUUUCACAAGAUCCUGUGGAUCAGUUGCUACUUGGACCGGCUUACGCGAUUCCCAAGAUUCUUGAUAAAGCAAAUUUAAGUAUGAAGGAUAUCGGUGUUUGGGAAGUACACGAAGCGUUUGCGGCUCAAAUUUUGGCCAAUUUAAAAGCACUCGAUUCAGAAUGGUUCGCCAAGGAAUAUUUGAAGAGGGCUACAAAAGUUGGUACGCCCGACAUGAAUAAAUGGAACACCUGGGGAGGAUCAUUAUCCCUUGGACAUCCCUUUGCCGCUACAGGAGUUCGAUUAGCAACGCACACAGCAAACCGCAUGAUUCGAGAGGAUCAGCAAUUUGGUUUGAUCGCUGCCUGUGCUGCAGGAGGACAGGGUGUUGGAAUGAUAAUGGAGAGGCAUCCAGAUGCAAAGCUUUGAACGUCACGGAUUUUAUAUUUUUAUAUUCAUCAUAAUUGCGCAAGAACUCUGAUUCGUGUGACCGAUCAAUUUCAACGAGAAGGGAAAAUAUAAAUAACAAUUUAUAUGAAGGAGUAGAAUAGUUUAUAUUUUUUAUGAGAUUUAUGGAUCAACGAAACAUUGUUAUCGGGAAGUGAAGAAUUGCGAAGUGGCGACCUGUCGAUCCAGGAGAGAAAAGUUUAAUAUCAAGAGUUGACGAAAUCGUUGUUGAAUAUGUCGAAUUUAUAUUAAUUAAAAAAAUAUAAAUAUGCAUACAUCAUAUUG